AGAGUGGCCUUCCAAAGUGAGUUUCGCAGUCCUCGCGUUGCAUAAUGUCGAGGAAAGAGAAAGAAAAGCCGCUUCUUGAAAAAGUUCGCACCUUUUUCUCGAAGUUGAGCAAAGGUCAACGAGCAAUCGGCUCUUCUGCUCGCAGUGCGCCCGAAGUUCAAAGGCUCACAAAAGAUAUUCUUGAGACUUUGGAUCCUAAGCAUCCUUUUACGGAACGAGCGCAGGCAAUGCGAGAACUAGUGGAAAUUUUGCGAGCCAGCAGGAUUGAAGAUGGUGGAUUAGAAGCACUUUGGAAGCGGGUAUCAGACCUUUUGAACGAAAAUUCACCUGCUGGAAUGGAUGGGAAAAUUGCGGCUUGGGAAUUCUUAUGCAAGAUAAUGGAAGUUCAUGUGAAGUCAAUGAAUGAUCCAAUGCGUGAGAUGGCUUUCCGAGCGAUUGAUCAGACUUACUCGAAAGAAUGCGCUGAGUACAGCCUAGCUUUCCUAAAUAUUUUAACGGAGGAAGGUCGAAAAUAUCAUAACAUUGAGGAAAGAGUUGGUCCGUUCUUGCUUAAAGUAUUUCCGGACGUAAUUGUCAGUGAUCGAGCCGUCAAGUUCCUGAAUAUACUCGAGAUGGUGAUCAAGUUCAACACUGCCUACUUGGAUCCACCUCUGAUCACGUCCUAUAUUCAGUAUUUGUGCUCCUUUUGCCAAUGCACGGGAAUGGAGAAGGAAAUUGAGGCUAGUUUGAACAUCCUUGAUGCAAUUAUUUCUUACUCGUACUUACCCACCGAAGCCUUGCUUCCGUUCACCCAAACGUUGUGUAGGCUGGCAAAUUAUCCGGACUACUGUCCAAGAGCAUGGAAGUCCAUGAGGAACCUUUUAGGAACGUGCCUUGGCCACAGCGCCAUUUAUGCAAUGACAAACAUGUUGAUGCAUUUUGAAGACAACACCAUGGACGAAUUUUUGCUUCGAGGUGCAAUUUUUUUCAUUUCCAUGAGCUUGUGGGGAUCUCAGCGAGUGAAUGCUUUAAAGCAUACUCCAUUAUCAGUAUUGCCUUCGAUAUCCAAGGUGUUGGAUUGCGAUCAUACUCUGAUAGCCUACGAAGUUUCACUGACGCUGGUAAGGUUAGUAGAAAAACAUGGAAAGCAUCAAACACGACCUGCGUGGGAUUUGAUUUUUGAAAUUGUGGCAAAGCUGAUCGCCUUUUCAGACAAAAAACCGAAUCCUGAGAUCAACACCCAGUUGCAAAAGCUGCUGACGGCCAUGGAAAAUGUUCUUCUGGAAGUUAAACUCUCGGACGAAGCUAUGAAACUUUACGACUUGAUUGACAAAUGUUCUUAUUCGCGCCCUGAAGAAUCGGUUCUGAGAUUGCUUAACUUUUGGGCGGAACGAAUUCAUCCCUUGAGAUCACAAUGGAUUGAACAUCUGCAAAUGAUAAUGACAAAUUAUUACAAAAAAGAAACGCGAUUACGUGUGCGUUUGGAGACGCUUCGUAUUCUCAAAAACGUCCUUGAAUCAAAUCGAGCAGUUUUCGAAGAAGAGCUGGUCGACAAAAUUGUAUUGCCUUUUCUGGGAAACAUUGAAAUGGAGAAGAACGUCGUUGUGAGAGAACAAGCCACCGAAAUUCUGAUAGAAGUCGCUGGGAAUCUCCAGUCGAAAAAGUUCCUCAAGAUCAUCGACAUUCUGGAACGAAUUAUUAAACAGCCAUUUUCGGGCAAACUAAAUGAGGCGAUGGAAGAUCCGGACUUGGCUGAUGUCAAAGUUGCCCUUGGUGGGCUGACUCAGAUAUUCCGAAUGAAGCUAUAUCAGUUACCCUCGGAUCACUGCAUACGAGUCUAUCAAAUUCUUGUGUCCCACCUGAUGUCCCAUUACCGGAAGCCCAUAUGCGCCGAGAAAGCUGAAGUUUGGCGAUACAUGGUUUUUGAGUGUUUCCUGUCUCUUCGAGCUGACAGUCGGUAUCACCUUGGAAUAUGUGAUAGUAGAAACAACGUGGAGUUCAGUCCGUACAUCAUGGUGGACCAUCGACGUGGAGAGCAUCACAGUCAAGUUGCUCCGCCCACCAGUCAGAGUUCGUCCUCUUCCACUUCUCCUCCGCCCGCGUCUCCAAGUGCUGCCUCAUCAACGAUUGGCGCUACUGCCUCCUCGGUUUUCUCAACACCUUACCCGAGCUGCAAAAUUUCGUUGCUGUCAUUGACACAGGCCUGUGGCGCUUUAAUUGCUGGACUGCAGAAGGAGAAGGAUUGGACAGUUCUGCAGCUAUUACUCACGGCGCUUCCAGAAGUCCUGGGCAACAAAGCACUGACCCUUUCGAGAAAUGGGAACGAUAUGCAUUAUUUGGUUGACGCUGCUUGUAAUUUGAUGAACGAGAAAAGUCGCAUGCCUGAGCAACUUUCUUCGCUGGAUUUUCAGGGAUUUGUGUUUCCUGUUCUCAUCGCUCUGGUUCCGUAUCAUCGGCACGUUGAUCCUGAGCGUCAGACGAAGCUAAUCACCGCAAUAAAGCGAGGGCUGAUGACAAAAUCCACUGCGAGUUGUAUCGAUGCAUUGACAAUGUCUGCGUUGGAAAUGACGGAAACUAUGCACAAGAUUAUUCCGUCAACCUUGCAAGAACUUUCCAGGAUGACCGCAACGAAAAACAUUGCCUUGCCGACGCUUCUUUUCCUGUCAACGCUUAUCAGGCUACCUGGGGUCUACAAGAGCUUCAUUGAAGAUCAGUACCGGUCAAUUUUCGCAAUUGCCUUGCAGUACACGAAUCCCGUGAAAUUUGAGCACAGUGUCAUUUCUCUUGCCCACCACGUCAUCGCGAUGUGGUUUCUUAAAUGCCGUUUGCCUCUUCGACGUCAGUUGGUUCAGUUCAUAACGACUGGCCUGGAAGAUCAUGCGCUGAAAACCACGGCUGCUAAAGCAGCUGCAAAAAAUACGCCGACUGAUGAAAGUCGCGGGGCUCGAACAAUGGGAGACGAUCUCGCUGCAGAUCCAGGAGCCUUUGGUCGUCAACGGAGUUCCUCGUUGCAUGAACGGGCGAAUCCCUUCAAAAAAGAAAGUUUGCAUGGUGGGGGAAGCUCGUGCAGCACUUCCGAAGAAAAUUUACUUUCCUUUCACCAGGAGUUGGCAAUGACGUGUUUGGAUCUGAUGGCUCGAUAUUCAUUCGCCCACGUGUCGCCUUUAACGAACAGAACGCACAUCAGCGAUUUUCUUCUUCAAAACGGAGUUUCGGAGUCUUGGAUAAUGGGCAAUGAAAUCAUCACCGUUACUACGUCUGCGUGUUCGCUACGUCCUUUGCGCCCUGGUACAUUUUGCGACACUUGCUGGACUCGCUGUGCAGGGAAUGCGUCAUUAAGUGGGGAAACGAUCCAAACUCAGCCGUCCGUCGUGCCAAGUGCAAUUUCUGCUCCCAUAGACAUCGAAAGCCCGAAGCGGAAACGGCAUCAGUCAGAGUUCACUGGAGGAUCUCCUUCACAGGCAUCUUCGAAUUUCUGGUCCGCCGCAGCAAAAGAUGAUCUGCAUAUGUGGAAUAGUGAGGAUAACGUGGCUUCUAGUCACGCCGAAGGUUCUUCGACCAAGCGACCUGGGAACGAGCUUCAUGAUGAUGGACGGAUUUUGUGCACUUGUUGGUGUCAAGGCUGGGCCGAAAUCCACAUUCGAAGACCCACAGGAAGCACUUCUUGGGCCAUGAAGAUACAAAAUUCUGCGAUUCGAAGUUCGUCUCUUUGCAAUGACCGUGUUCUGGGGGAUAUAAUGUCUCAUUUGUUGCCAUCUUUGCGCGAGCGUGCAGUAGAUACUGACCUGGAUUCUGUGAUCCAAUCUGUCGAAGAGAAGGAUGUAAACGUUUCCGUGGGAUCUGUGAAAUCCGAUCUUCUGGAUGCUGAUCCGGUUAAUUCGUCGAGAGAUUCUGUGACGCAUUCGUCUGCCGCUGUUGAAAACGCUUUAUCCAAGAGCCAGACAAAUCUGGUAUCCGUGUCCAAGUUAUUGUCGGAUGGUCAUACGGGGAGCAUGCCGGAUUCGUUAUACACCGCCUGUUCGAACAAGUCUGCGGAAGCGUCACCUGUGAGAAAAUCUGCCCCGGGAAGUCCUGAAAUGCAGCAUGAAGACAGUGCCGGGCUUCUCGUCCCAACUUCUUCACGAGUCCUUCAGCAUCGCAACAGUCUACAAACAACCAUGUUGGGUGUGAAACCAUUGGGGAUCCCAUCUAGCGAAACGGCUUUCCGUGAGCGAAGCAGAACUGUGAGCCAUGCCGGUCAAGUGGGCAGACCACGCGGUUCAGUGCUACUCAGUCGAACCGGCUCUACGAAUACGCUGGGAAGUGGUUCGAAAGACCCUGGUGAACGUGCAGGAAUCAAUCCCAAGUUCGUAUUUCUUCAGCUGUUCUAUGGAGGCCAUUUGAGGGCCAGUGGUGAUGUUGACAAAAAUGAUGAAAGCGAGCCACUUCUUCUUCCGAGGACGAGAGAAGUGGAAAGAUCUAUUAAAAAUCUUGAUAGAAUUUACCCGUACGAAACUCACAAGAUUGGAAUAAUUUACAUUGGGCGAAAUCAGUUGGAUGCAGGACGAGAUUCGGAGAAGGAAAUUUUGUCAAAUGACUUCGGAUCGCCCAGAUACAUGGAAUUCAUUCAGGGAUUGGGUGAAAUAAUAAGUUUGUCGGACAUUGAUACCCGUACUACCUUCUUGGGAGGACUAGACACCGGGGGACUAGAUGGGGAAUUCGCCGUCACUUGGCGAGAUGAGUUGAUGCAAGUGAUAUUUCACAUUGCUACACUGAUGCCUAAAUCCGAAUCCGAUCCCAAUUGCAACAACAAAAAGAAGCAUAUCGGGAAUGAUUUCGUGUUGAUUGUGUACAAUGAGAGUGGGCGCCCUUACAAUACUUCGAUCGUGAAGGGGCAAGUGAUCUACUCAUGGAUUGAAAUCCAACCUUUGCCGCAUGGAUGCAACAAAAUUUUGGUUCAUGCCAGACCGGAAUCAGACGUUUGUCUGUUCGCCGGUGGGCGUCCUGCUCCGAUUAUAUCUGAUCGAAACUUGGCUUUGUAUGUUCGUCAAGUUGCGCUUCAUGCUGAUCUUUUGUCGUGCUUUUACAUGGAAGCGAAGGGAAAGCUACCUUACUCGUCGAAAUGGCUGGAGCGUUUGAGGCAAAUACGACGUCUACGUUCAAAAUUGAAUGAAGAUAAGCGAAGUGGUUCUUCUUCCGGCAAAGAAGGCGGUUCUCCAAACAAAACAGUGGAUCCUCAUGCUUCAUCAACGAUAGGUUCCCUGUCGCCUCAGCAAAGGAGACCGAUUGUAACUUCUUCGUUUAACCACUUUUUUGUUGUGCGCGUGGUCUUGGUAGCUUCAGAGAUGUCGUCAACAGGCAAGUUGGUGUUUUGUGCCCUAGGAGUUUUCGUAUGCUACUUCUUCUACGGUAUCCUCAUGGAACGCAUUACACGUGGGGACUAUGAUGGGGAGAAGUUCACAUAUUCUAUGUCUCUCGUCUGGGCGCUCUGCGUUGCCAAUUGCGUGUUUUCAAAACUGACCUUGUCAACUCUGUCGCCGGAAGGCCCGGACACAACGAGAACUAUGUAUUACAGUGUAUGUUCUCUGACUUAUCUUCUGGCCAUGAUUUCAAGCACAAUGGCCCUUCAAUGGGUGAAUUAUCCGACCCAGGUUGUUGGAAAAUCUUGUAAACCCAUUCCUGUGAUGAUUCUCGGAGUUCUGCUGGGAAACAAGAAAUAUUCGUUGCAGAAAUACUGCUUCGUCUUUUUGAUCGUUGCCGGUGUUUGCAUGUUCAUGUGGAAAGACUCUGCGAAAACAAUCAAAGGUCCUGAAAAUACGAGUAUGGGCGAGGUUCUGCUAGUUUUGUCCCUGCUAAUGGAUGGAUGCACCGCAGCUGUGCAAGAAAGAAUGAAGUCCGAGCACAAGACAAAACCAUUGACUAUGAUGUACUACAUGAAUCUCGGUGGAAUAAUUUAUUUGACGUUCAGCUUGCUUCUGACUGGUGAACUUGUUCUCUUCAUAAUGUUCGUAAUGGAACACACUCAUUUGAUCUGGGACAUAAUGAUAUUCUCGGUUGCGAGUGCGCUCGGACAGUUUUUCAUAUUUUUGACCGUGAGUGAAUUUGGGCCUCUGCCGUUGUCGCUGAUAACUACGACCAGAAAGUUCUUCACUGUUCUGGCAUCCGUCGUCAUAUUUGGACAUCAUAUCGCUCCACGGCAGUGGUUCGGUGCAGUUCUGGUCUUCACAGGACUCAUCAUGGACGGGGUUUACUCGAAAGGCUCCGGCAAAGCGAAGCCGUCGAGUUCUUGA